AUGCUUCUUGAUUCUCGUGAUAUUUAUUUACUCGCACCAUAUUUAAUCUCGAAUGGUAAUUAUCAAAAUUUAAAAGACUGGAAAAUAAAAGCAGAUCAAUGUCAAAAUUAUUCUGCUCGCUUUGGGGUUUCCAUGGCAUGUGUAGCAACAAGCACAGCUGAUAUAUCUUUAUCGUUUGGAACUAGUCAACAAUUUAGUCAAGCAUGGUUCGGUACAGCGAUGUAUAAUUUUGAUUAUUUUCAAGCAACAGAUCAUUACUACAGUGCCAAAAAUAGUGUUUUAUAUGCUUUUCCAAAUCCGAUAUGGUUUUAUGGAAAUUUCUGGAAAACGAAUCAUGUUCAAAUGGAUACACCGACACAUUACUACCGUUCGACUGAUACACAUGUCUUACAUAUGUAUAGCGAUUGUUUUAGCUAUGGAAGUGGAAAUUUAAGCGUUUUAUCAAAUGAAUAA